AUGGCACCAAAGAGAAAGACUAGAGACGCCGCUACUCCGGAUCGUGCUGCGGUCUCUCGGGGACGGUCCAAGCAACCAACAACGAUCGAGCAGCACCUGAUGGACCAAAACCGGAAAUCCAAGGAGUUCAUUCAGGGGUUUAAAGAGCAGGUCGCCCAAGGUCGGGAGCGCGCCCUCGAGAACCUGGCGAAACUCAAGCAGGAUCUCCUCCAACCCCACGAUACCGUCAGUGACAACCUCUCCGAGCUCUACGCCACCCUGCCAACCAGCGUCCCUGGGCUGUCCGCGAAGGACAAUCCGCUCUUCGCUCAAACGCAGCAGCUCAUCCGCCUCAGCCGCGCAAUCCUCAAGUGCCACCAGGAAGCAGACAGGGACUCGCGCGCGCCGCCGGACCUGGCCUCCCCGCGCGAAACGUGGAAGCAGGACGAGGAGGGCAUGCGGAAGCUGCUGGAGUAUGGCAGGCUGCACGCGGAGAAGGUCGUUGAGGGCUGGAUCACGCCCACUGCUGAGGAGAGGCAGCGGGAGAUGGAGGGGGUGGGUGAUGAUCAGGGUGAGAGUGGCGAGGAAAAUGGGGAGCUGAGCGAGGCGGAAAACUUGGCCAAGGGGCUGUUUGAAUGGAGGAACAAGGAGAGAAAGGCGUUGUUGGAGUGGAAGGAAAGCUGGGGUGUGGCGGCGAAGAGGCAGAUGGUUGCGUUGGCCGGGGUGGUCAGGACAUUGCCUUCUAAAGGCGAUGCGUGA